GGUAGCCUAUACUCACCAGAACUGACUGAAGAUCUAAUGUAAUGUGCGUGUCCUGUUCGUGCGUAAGCGUAAAAGCACUGACAGCGCGCGCGCGUUAUGCACGCUCGGCUAUUGGUCAGCUGAGUGCACGCACUAGAUUGCGGAGGCUCUGCGCUGCAUUGCCAGUGAAAGCAGCCUGCGCUAUGAGGAGACACGGAGGAGUAGCGUGACGUUCACUUCAACGGAGCACAUGAGAGCUACAUGGGAUUUAAUAGGUUACACUAAAAAUCUACGGUGGUCUGUAUUCGGAAAUGCAGUCUUAAGACGAAGUGUUGUCAUGGAUAUCAUAAUUUCUAUACGGUCCAAAAUCCUCAUGAAGGUUAAAGCCAAAAUCCUUCAGCCCAGCAGCAUCUUCACUACGUACGACAGCUGCGGUUGUGUGAUUCGUGACAUCGCGUCGGUAUGAGGAAAAUAACUGGCACACUGUAAAGCAUCUGAUAUUUCUCCCCCACCCAAGAAGAAUGCUGCAACAGAACAACAACAAUAACUGCUUGGACAUGGCCCAUAGGGAGCUAUUGCAUGAAUGCCGAAGAACCAGUGUCUCAUUAACCAGUGCCCUUGAGUUUGGAGCCAUACCCCUGAUUAAAGGCCUGAGAGCAUGGGCUGUAAGUGGCGGCUACUCUAAAGCCAGGAGAAAGGCUGCUAAUGGACCGCGAGCACAGGGCUCAUGCCAACAUCCUCCUGAAAACAGGGUAGGGCAGAGAAGCUGGUCAGGUCAGGUCAGCAGUGGCUAUGGGCACACACUGGAUAGCACAAUUAGUGCAGCGAGAACUCCAGGGGUCAGGCAGGGCAGUCUUGGCGCUCUUGUAACUGUGGCCACUUUGAAAGGCACUGAGGGGGGUGGCAGGCAGACUCAGACACGCUGCCUCUUUCUCAAGGCCCAGGGAAGGGGCAGCUACAUCUGUGCUGUUGGAAACCGCGGGACUGGGACGAGAGUCACAGGUCCACGGACUCAUGCUGUCAUUCUUGAGGGGACAAAGGAAGAGCUUAGAUGUUCCUCUAAAGGGCCGAAGCUGAGCCAGGAUGGGCCAGACGAUGGUGGACAUUUUAAGGCCAAGCCCAGGGCCAUACGCAAAUGGAGGAAGUGCAGUAAAACAACAGGCUUAGCGGAGAAAAGAACAGCGGCUCACGGCAAAGGGGAAAUCGCCAAUCAGGGCAGUCAACUGGAACACGGUGACCAAAAAAAAGCAGUGAAUUCAGAUGCACAACCACUUGACGUAAUACCAGAUAACACAAUAACACAAUGCCAAAAGGGUAGCAGGGCUAGCUAUCCAAAAUUGGGCAAAGACGAAAGGGCUCUUUCCCCCACAUUGGUAAAAACUGAUGCACCUGAAAGCACGGAUCCACAAACCUGCUGCUCUUCUGCCAAACUAUGUGCCAAACCAGGCGAGCAGGUUGAAGCUGGGAUGAGUAUUAACCAAUCCGAUAACUGUUCUGAAAAAGAAUCCAGUUGUGCCAAUGUGCAAGGAGACACUGAGGUCAGUAUAUGUGACCUUGAUGCAAAUGAUCGCCAGAACAUUCGAAACUUUGUUGCUGAUGUGCCAAACCUAGGGUCAUCUGUAGCAUCUGAGACUAACUUUGAUAGUCUAGGAAUCAAAUUGACCACAACGAACUGUAAUACUGAGCCAAGCAUAGAUCGUUCUCCCAUGCUAACUCCCUCCAUAGUCCCUGUCAGCAUUCAGAAAAAUCAGGAAUCCAGGCCAGAUGAGUGCCUACUGAACCGUGAAAAUCUACAUUCAGUGGAGCCCGGUGAUCUUACAACACAGAGGGAUGGGACUCCAGACACAAAGAAUACAGUUGUGCCGGAGGCCCGCACUCCAGUGGGUGCUGAAUGUAGCACUACAGAGAAGAAGAGGAGGCCGUCCAUGUGCUCACCUCAGCAUUGGGAGGAAUUAAUCACACAGCAUGGAGAACUUGAAGUUCAGCAGUCUGACAAAUCCUCUUCACGAGGCUUUAGCACACCAACAGCCAAUGUAACUGUAACCACUAUUCACUCCCUGGUUAAUCCUGCCACCACAGCAGCCAUAGCAACAGCCAUCCCAGCAUUAAGCGAGGGGGAGGUGGGGGUGAGAGGUGGAGACUUGCUGCCUCUGGUGAACUCAGAGUUGCUAUCAGAGCCGGCAAGAGUUGACGAGAAGGACAAGGUGGCCGCUAAAGAGGGGUCUCCUGAUGUGGGCGAGGAGGAAGAAGAGGAUGAGUUUGGGGCUUUCAAGCAGAUAGGUGGAGAGCAGCUGUGGACGGAUGGAUUCAGUGAGGCCCAACAUUUAGCUGAGGAUUACAACUGUGAGAAACACACAAGUUCUGCUGAUGCAAAUGAACCCGCAUCCUGGGCAUCUGAUUGGACUGCAGUUCAGUCAUUCCAGCAUUCAGAGAGCACAUGGACUGCCUUCAGCCAGGAGACUGUGGAGCAGAAGAUAGUGCCUGGUGGCCAGUGGUGGACUUCUACCGAAAAGCCAAACCUUCCCCUCUCUCUUUUACAUAAUGUGGUAAAGUCAAAAGUGUUUCUAGAGGCCUUUCCCUCUGAAAAGUCCCCCUGUGAAGAUCCUGAAUACAUUCCUACACUAAAGCAGCUUCUGCAAGGACCAGCUGAAAACAGCAAUACAGGGGAGCACAAGGAGCAGAGCUUACUUGACGGCCUCCAGGAUCUAGACCGGAUGAUUGGUGUGAAAUAUAAGAGGGCGGAGUCUCUGUCCUGUAAACUUCUCCUUCAGUCACUGCGUUUGGAACGUCCCAGUUCUGAAUGUGUUACCGUUCGUCUGAAGAACAGUGCCAGAUUUUCUCCAAAUCUCCCAACAUCCAACCAGCAGUUAGCUGCAAAUGCUAAGAGGAGACUGUCAUAUGACUUUAACAGAAAUAUUAUGACCUAGUCUCUAUAUCUGCGCAAACAUCUUUGACCUAUGCUUCCUUGAAAACAGGAAAUACAGGGCAGAGGAAAAAUACAUGCUGAAGAACUGAAGAACUGAGUUCCCCUGGAUUGACUUCUAUUCAAGGUUUAUUUAAAGUGUAUUUCUUCUUUCAGUGUCUGUUCUCACUCAGUGUCUGGUAGAUUCUGUUUCUCAUUCAGCUGCGUAUCAAGACACACAAGACUUGUUUAACCAAAUAUAUGUUUUUCAGUAUUUCAGAAUAUUGUGAUUAAAUUUGGACAAAAAUUUCAAGUUAAAAACCCCUUUGCCAAAUUGUCUAGUCCAGGUGAAAGGAAUUAAUCUGGUUAUUGGACCCAUUUUGAUAUAACUGACAUAAUCAGAUAAAAAUAAGUCAAUAUGCAUUUGUGUAUUACUUUCAAUCAUUGCUAUGGAAUACAUUUUUCUGGAACCAUAGCAAACUAGUUAGUGCACGUUCUCACAGGGAUGUAGAUGCAAAUCUGGCCUGUCACGUCCUGAUCCACGUCCCAAACUUUCCUUCCUACUGUCUCACGUGAUGUAAAAUGACAUUUUUUAAAAAAUGUGAUUUUAGGGGGGGGAUUAGGAUUCAUUUUUGCUCCCCGCAAGCUCUCCUUUGCCUGAAAACUGUCAAAGCAAAUUUCCACAAAAUGUAUUUUCAUACACCACCUCACAGAGAAAUCCAUUUUCUUGUUUCCAUGUCUUUCUUCCCUGUGCUUGAAGUACUAAAUAUAACACUGUAGUGUACCAUUUUUAACUCCUGACGAAUAGAGACCAUAUUUUCAGAAGUGUUUUAAAAUGAAUGUUAAAAUUUUCAAUUGAACCUGUAAGCUUGUUUGUUGAUUGAUGUAAUUAAAACAUCUUUGAAGGAC